AUGGUUGGCUUAUGCGUUAGUUUACUUAUUCUUUUAGAUACAAAACAAUGUAUUCGGUGCAAUACUCCCUAUAUUGAAUAUACAAGUGAGAAUUCUUCGGGACACAACUUUGUUUUUGAUUCUGUGUUCGAUGAAAAAUCAUCGCAGGAAGAUAUAUUCGAUGCCUUUGGAAAGGACAUCACAGAGAACUGUUUAAAUGGAUAUAACGGGUGCAUCUUUGCAUAUGGUCAAACUGGUUCGGGGAAGACGCACACUAUCUUGGGCCCUUCGUCUCCGGAUGGUACGUUGGUCAGCGAUUCCAAAUUGUUGGGAUUGCUGCCUCGAACGCUAGCCUAUCUCUUUGAAGAGAUCCGACGUCGCGAGGCGCAGGACAAUGUCCAUUACUCGUGUUUCGUAUCAUUCAUGGAGAUCUACAACGAGCGGAUCCGCGAUCUGCUCAACCCUACCAACAACAAGAAGCUGAAUAUCCUUCCAUUCAAUUCGCCAUCGUUCCCUAACUUCACCGAUCCGAGAAACGGUCUCCAAAGAUCACCGCAUGACCCGAACCACUACAUCGAGCAAGGCCUCCUCAACCGCCGUGUCGGCGUCACCAACAUGAACAUGCGCUCCUCCCGCUCCCACGCCGUCUUCACGCUCUAUCUCACCUGCGAGGAAGUCCAGUCGGACAUCACCGUCACGCGGAAAUCGCAGUUCCACCUCAUCGACCUCGCUGGAAGUGAGCGGCAAACGCUCGCCGGAACGGGCGGCGAGUCCCUCAAAGAAGCCUGCUUCAUCAACAGCUCGCUGAGCGCGCUGGGGAACGUGAUUCGCUCGCUGACACACCAGGAAUCCCACGUUCCUUACCGCGAUUCCAAGCUCACUUAUCUGCUUCGCGAUUCUCUCGGAGGAAACUCUCUCACCGCGAUCAUCGCGACGGUCUCUCCGGCAGAUUCUGCGGCGCUGGAAACGCUCUCGACGCUUCGCUUCGCGACGGACGCGAAGAUGAUCAAAAACACGGCGGUGGUGAACGAAGUUCGCUUCGGAAGCGUCGCGGCGCUGCAGCAGGAAAUCGCGAAGCUCCAGCAAGAGCUGCAGCAGUGCCGAUCGUCGCGUGCUGUGUCGGAUUCGCCUGGGUUUUCUGCGUAUUUGCUGCGCGAAUUGGCGCGGUGCAAUCAGACGUGCUCGGAAUUGUAUUGCCGAGUCGCGUCGCUGGUUCGAGAGCGAAAUGGAUGGAGAGACAGCGUGGCACGACUGCGGAACGAGCUGCGAACGAAGGAGGAAGUGAUGGAGAGAAGGAUGGAUGGCGUGGUGGAGCCGGACGACUAUGUGAAGAGUCUGAAGAGCACGGUGCAGACGCUGCUUCGGCAGAAUUUGGAUGGAAACACGGUGAGCGUUGCGAAGGGAAUGCGAAGUAGAACGCGAUGUUGUUGGAGAAAUGCAGAUUGCUUCAGCAUGGAGGGAAAACGAGCGACGAUCCUGCUGACUCCAUGCUGGUUUCCACGGUUUCCACACUCGCAAAUCUGCAUGUAG